UAAUAAACCCUAAAGAAGACUCAUUCCUCAUCUUCGCCGUCUUCUUCUUCUGGAUUCGUGUACCAAUAAUUCGAUUUCCAUGGAAGGCUCAGUUGAUCAAACAACGCAAGAAAUAUCCAAACUAUCCAUGGAUCCUGCUCCCUCUUCCACUGCUGAGACUGGCGAUGGAGCUCGGAGUAAAAAUGCUCUGAAGAAGGAACUGAAGAUGAAGCAGAGAGAGGAAGAGAGGAAACAAAAAGCCAAACAAGCUCCAAAGGCAAGCUCCCAGAUGUCAGUGGCAUCAGCAGAUGAUGAGGAUAUGGAUCCAACGCAAUACUUUGAGAACAGAUUGAAGUAUCUCGCGGCGGAGAAGGCUAAGGGGGAGAAUCCGUACCCUCACAAGUUUGCUGUGUCGAUGUCUAUCCCUGAGUACAUUGAGAAGUAUGGUAGUUUGAACAAUGGGGAUCAUGUUGAAGACGCUGAAGUUUCUCUAGCUGGGAGGAUAAUGAGCAAGCGAGCUUCCUCUUCCAAGCUCUUCUUCUAUGAUCUUCACGGUGAGGAUUUCAAGGUCCAGGUCAUGGCUGAUGCAAGUAAGUCAGGGUUGGAUGAAGCUGAGUUUUCAAAGCUCCAUGCGAAUGCUAAGCGUGGUGAUAUUGUUGGUGUUACUGGGUUUCCAGGAAAAACUAAGAGAGGAGAGUUGAGUAUUUUCCCCCGAUCGUUUAUUCUUCUGUCACAUUGCCUCCACAUGAUGCCAAGAAAGGCUGACAGUGUUGGCGCAAAGAAACCUGAAAACUGGGUUCCUGGUGAACCGAGGAAUCCUGAAGCAUAUGUUCUGAAAGAUCAGGAAUCUCGAUAUCGCCAGCGUUACCUUGAUCUAAUGUUGAACGUGGAGGUUCGCCAGAUAUUCAAAACCAGAGCCAAUAUCAUCUCCUACGUAAGGAGAUUCCUUGACAAUCGAAGAUUCUUGGAGGUUGAGACACCCAUGAUGAACAUGAUCGCUGGUGGAGCAGCUGCCCGACCCUUUGUGACACAUCACAAUGAUCUAGACAUGAAGCUGUACAUGCGUAUCGCGCCCGAACUCUUCCUCAAGCAACUUAUCGUCGGUGGCUUAGAACGUGUCUAUGAGAUUGGGAAGCAGUUCAGAAACGAGGGUAUUGACCUGACUCACAAUCCGGAGUUCACCACUUGCGAGUUCUAUAUGGCUUUCGCGGACUACAAUGACCUGAUGAAAAUGACUGAGGAUAUGUUGAGUGGCAUGGUGAAAGAGUUAACAGGUGGUUACAAAAUCAAGUAUCAUGCUAAUGGGUAUGAUAAGGAGCCAAUCGAAAUUGACUUCACUCCUCCAUUCAGGAGGAUUGAGAUGAUAGGAGAGUUAGAGAAGGUGGCGAACCUCAAUAUUCCAAAAGACUUGGCUAGCGAAGAAGCCAACAAGUAUCUGAUUGAUGCUUGUGCCAGGUUCGACGUGAAAUGCCCGCCUCCUCAGACUACAGCUCGUCUACUAGAUAAACUUGUUGGAGAAUUUCUGGAAGUGACAUGUGUCAACCCAACGUUCAUCAUCAACCAUCCCGAGAUCAUGUCUCCCUUGGCGAAAUGGCAUAGAUCAAACAGUGUUCUGACUGAGAGAUUCGAGCUGUUCAUCAACAAACAUGAACUUUGCAACGCCUACACCGAGCUGAACGAUCCUGUGGUUCAGCGUCAAAGGUUUGCUGAUCAACUCAAGGAUAGACAGUCGGGAGACGAUGAAGCGAUGGCCUUAGAUGAGACUUUCUGCAAUGCUUUAGAAUACGGAUUGGCUCCUACAGGUGGUUGGGGAUUGGGGAUAGAUAGGCUUGCCAUGCUGUUCACUGACUCACAAAACAUCAAGGAGGUUAUUCUCUUCCCGGCAAUGAGGCCACAAGACGAUCCAGCAUCCGUUAAAGCUUCUUUGCAAGCAGAGAACUAAGGAGGAUAGAGCUCAGUUUUCAUCUCUUUUGCCGGUCGAAUUGCUAUUAUGGAACAAGCUGUUCUCAGAUAACUCUUAAUCGCCAUGUACGAACAACCAUACAAACGAAACUAGUUAUUAUCAAAAACCUUUGUAAGACUUUUUUGGAAUUGGUUUAUUGUUUUUGAUCGUGAUUUUUCUCCAA